ACUAAAGAAAAACACGCAGCACGGCGCAUGAGCACGCCGUCGUCAUUGGGCGUUGUUAGGAGGUAACUGACAGGCUGGCCUGACAAGUCCCUAGAGCAGAUUACGAUGGGGAACCAGCGACUCAUUCUACUAUUUGUGGUAUGCGCCACGAAUGCAAUUGACAACAAUUUGUUCCCGAGGAGUCGUAUGACGUCAGCGUCCGUAUGUGACAGCCCCGUGUGCAAAGCCAGAGCUGAACUGAUUUUGGCAUCUAUAAACAGUAGCACUGACCCUUGCGAUGAUUUUUACGCCUACGUUUGCAAUGGCUGGAAAGAUGCACACCCCAUUCCUGAGGACUCACCAUUCGCAAAUUCUUUCGUGGAGAUAACGUUGAAUGUGAAGCAGGACCUAAGAGAAAUUUUGGAAAACCUCCCUGUUGUGCCUGAAGCCAAGACCGCCAGGGAAAAAGCAGCGGUUGCAUAUCAAGCAUGCAUAAGAAGCGGAAACGACGAAAUAGAAAGCCUUAGUGCCGUUCGGCGACUGCUGGAGUCGAAUGGACUUGGACAAUGGCCAAUUCUGGACGGCGAAGACAUCGACGAUCUUGGAAAGCUUGAAGACGUGAUAAAGACGACUGGGCUGCCAUCUUUAUUUGCAGUUGAUGUCGCCAAGGACAUGGACGACCUGACACGCCACAUCCUUCAGCUGGGCCAAAAACGAGACAAUAGCCUCGAGUCCCUCACCCGCGGUUCAAUGAACCUAGCGAGUACCUUGGCCGAUGCGUUCCUCGGCGUGACGAAAACUGCGGCGAGACUGCUGAGACCAAAUGCCACCGAUGAGCAGCUGGACACGUACGCCAACAAGACACUGUCAUUCAUGGCGGAACUGCGCGCGGUGCAACAGCCGCCCGAAGAGACGCGCCAAGCAAGGAACAAUUAUCGAAAGGCCACCAUAGAAGAAUUUCAGAGAGAAAUUUUCGGUCUUGAUCUGCUCAAAGUCAUUGGGAAUGAAUUCGCCAAAGUAAAUAUCACAAUUCCCAAGGAAGAAAAGAUUGUCGUUAACGCCAUUCAACACGUUAACGCCACUGUUCAAGUUUACCUCCAAGCAGACCUUGACACGGUGUACAACUACGUCGGUUUCACGAAGGUCACCGAACUUCUUCAGCUUGCGUCCAAAGAUUUUGCAGCACUGGUUGCACGCAUGCUCCAGAUGGCGAUGGGUGUCCAUGAAACGGCCCGCUGGAAGCAAUGCGUCCGCCACGUGGAGCGAAUUAUGACGGACACCGUGGGACGACUGUACACGGAGCACCGAUUGACAAAAGAAGCGAAAAAUGAGGGGCAGAGGCUGGUGCGAGAGAUUGGGUUAUCUUAUUAUGAUCGCCUGCAACACAUUGACUGGAUGGAUAGCCAAACGCGACGAAAAGCGAGAGAAAAGCUGUGGAAAAUGACGUCUAGGGUUGCUUAUCCUGAAACUUUCCUCAACGAUGAAUAUAUCAACAGCAAGUACCACGAGGUUGGCAUAAUAAGCAAGGACGAAGACUUUCUAGAGAUCUCCAAUAAAUUUCAGCAAGCUAAUUAUGCAAGAAUGCUGCGGCGACUUCGGCAGCCUGUUCCCAACAGAGAUGAAUGGAGCGUUGGUGCUGCAGAAGAUGCAAAUGCGUACUACUCUCCUGAGACAAAUGAAAUAAUCAUACCUGGAGGUAUACUUCGUGAACCUUUCUUCCAAGAAGGCCUUCCAGAAUAUGUGAACCUUGGGGCAAUUGGAUCGAUCAUUGGCCACGAAAUAACGCACGGCUAUGAUGACCAAGGUUCUCAGUACGAUGGCGAAGGACGCCUUGUCGACUGGUGGAGCAACAAAACGGAACAGAAAUUCAACGAAAAGAAAGAAUGUUUCAUCAAGCAAUACGGAAGCAUGGUCAAUCCGGUCACCAACGAGACGGUCCACGGAGAGAACACUGUGGGGGAAAAUAUCGCGGACAAUGGAGGAGUACGUGUCGCCUUUGCGACUUACCAGCGUAUAUCGGAGUCUACUGGUGAGCAAAUUAUACCAGGCCUUGAGAACUUUUCUCCAGAACAGAUUUUCUUCAUAUCCUAUGCACUGGUGUGGUGUUCAUCCGAGCGCACAGAAGCAAAUUCAAUAAUAAUGGGAGACGUUCACAGUCCAAGCAACUACAGAGUGAACAUUCCGCUGCGGAACUUUGAGGAAUUUUCAUCGGCGUUUGACUGUGGACAAGGAACAUCAAUGCAUUCACCGCCCCAAGAAAAGUGUGUUUUGUGGUAGCGCGACAACUUCAACUGCCAUCAAGUUGCAAAUGAAUGUUCUAGCACUGUA